CUCCAUCACGAGCAACGUCAGAGUCACAUCACACUCGGAACCGCUCGUCGAUAGCAUUCGACCUGUAGCAAUUGUAGGUCCUUUGAAGGUAUGCAUAUGGCCAAUUCGCUACUGUUACGCGGGGUCGAAUGGCUUCGCGCCUGUAAGCAGCCGCACACCACGCAACCUCCUCGAAUGUAUCUUUUUGAGAAUUAGUCAUCUUUGCAGCUCGUGCUGCACUUCUCUUUGGCCAUUUAAGUUGCGUCUCCUUCACAGUUCUCAUUUCAUACCUCAGGAGUUUUCGCCAUGAACACCACAGCAUGGUGUAAGCCUAACGAGAAGCACAUGCAGUCUUCCGAUCCCAUUCAUAAGCGGCAUCGAUAUCCACGAUACACUCAGACAGUCUUACAGAGACAUUGACAAUGACAACGUUCGCAUACUGGAAAGGCGUCGCCGAUGCAGCCACGGGCGUCAUACUACUCACCAAACCCGAGAUCAUCUACCACAGCUCCGUUGCAAAAUUCCUGAACCGAAUAUCCGGCUUGCGACUGCCGAAUCCAUAUCCUACAGCCAACGGCGAGAUCAGCGCACAGCAUGCUGUGGCCAUAAUGGUAAUCGCCGUAGGCCUAGGCCAUAUUCGAGCAAGCAAAGACCGCCAUUCCAUACCAUCAUUAGUCGUCAUGAAUGCAGUAUGGUCAGCCCUUGCGCUCGGCACUGUGAUCUUCAAACCGCACCGUGCGACAAGUGCGCUGCUCAUGACGGGGAUCAACCACUUCAUCUUUGCUAGCAUCAUGUUUUUGCGAUCGAAGAUGACUGUGAAAGAGAUGUUGGGACUCAAGGGAAGUAAGACCAAGGAAGUCUAAGUCACGUUCGAAGAGAGAGAC